AUGGAUUCGACGAGCGGCCUCCUGGCCGCCCCGAAGACGGGACGCUCCCGCUUCUCAAAGGCUCUGCCCGCGCCGCCUCCAGGCUUGAACAACGCCGGCACUUCAGACGACACCGUCCCAUUCCCACAGUUGCCAGUACUACCCUAUCCCCAGAGGAAACAGGGCCUCGGCAUGGCUACCAUGAGCGCCGCGCCCGGCUUGGCUUCGAGCCUUGGAGCCAGAUCUUUCGUUUCGCCGGUUCCCCAAUUACCUCCUUCUGCGCCGUUUGCGACCGACGCCUCGCAGCUCCCUUCGCCGGCCCCUAGUGCGAUCAAGAGAAAACCGGUCCGCAAGCCGGUCCCCGAGGCCAGCGCGCCGCGCGGGAACGCAUCUGUGGAUGAGAAGGCGCUACCGCCGGUUAUACAGGGUCGUGGUGCUGAGCCCGCGGGAAGCACGGCGAAUACCUUGCCAUUCAGGACUUUCGGCGGAAGCCUGGCUUCACAAACGAGCCAGUCAGAUUUCUCGGCGAAACAAAACAGCAACAAACAGCAACCACCACCACCGCCGCCGCCAAAACAAAACAAUGCGCCAACCCUUGAGGCAGAACCACGCAUCUCUGAUGCCGCCUCAAUUCCUGGCUCCGUCUUGGGCGAUAUCCUGUCCACUUACAGCUUCCCCACUCCACCCUUAGGCGAGUCUUUCAACACCACACCCAAGACUGCCGUCAGUGAAGCACCGGUGAAGAAACCGGAAACAGUCAAGCUCGGGAGAAAACCAGUCGGUUCGCCGCCAGCAGUACAAUUGAAGGACGAGCCGACAGCAGCCAAGCACCCUCUAGCUCUGACGCCUGGCCCAGCAAAACCGUCCGCCAGCGUACCAACGCCCACGCCCUCGGCCGGACGGCAGUUGGAGGUGAAGCAGCUUCCGAGAGUUCCAGGAGUUGGACUGCGACCGGGGGAUAAACGCCGGUCGCCUCUUCCGUUUGAGAAAUCGCCUCGUGUAGCACCGUCGCCUGCGCCUGUGAAGAGCAGCGAACCCGUAAUCUCACCUGUCGCCGAGGAAAUGGGCAAGAUCAAGGACAAGUUCAAGGCGUUCGUGCACAAGCGCACGUCGUCGACCGACGCGAGCUCGCUUGCCGCCAAGUCAACGGCCAGUACCGCAUAUCUCGCCGAUGAUGGCAAAAAUGUCAGCACACCGACUCUCAAGGAUCUACCGGUCAUCCCUACCAUGUCUAUCACGAAGCCUGUCCCCGGCCUGCCGCAGCAGCCGUCACAAGGCAAACAGCAAUCGGACAAGUCAGAAGCGCCUUCGAUCUCUUUGCCAACAAUUGAGAAGUCGUCAACUGGGGAUCUGAUGCCGCAUAUCUCCCAAGACAGCCAAAUGGGCGGCUUGAACGUGAUACUACCACAGCAGCAACAGCAGGAGCCGGCGAAGAUGACGACGUCAAGUUCAACAGCGUCACUGACAACCUUGCAAACAUCCAUCUCGCAAAGCCAGCCGCCCUCUGUCAGUACAUCCGAGUCACGCAGCCUGUCUCAAGACAGGCGCCCGAUGGAUAGCAGGGGAGAUUUCCCUGGAGCUCGUCCCCGUGCUGGCACGAAUACGAGCAUGGCAAGCAGCAUAGGGCCACCGCGAGGCCGGGGAUUGCGACCAGUCGCCAGUGCGCAGAACUUGAAUGGACCCCCUCCGGCUGGAUUCAGAUCGGGAUCAAGGCCACGAGGCGCGACCAACGAUACUCUGCCGCCGUUCGCACCUUCGCCCAUGAUCAACCCCUUUCGGCAACGCCCUCGGACAGCAACAGGGCCGCCACUAAAGGGACCAAGGCCGUUGGACGGUCGUGAGCUAUACAACCUUGCCGACAGCCUCAGCAAGAAUGCGCUUGUCCGUAAAUUCCACGAAGAGCGAGCAGACAGCUUUCCAGUGCGUGAGGCAGAGGCUUCUCUGACCGAGGAGGAUCAGGCCAAGAUCCAGUCGAUCCGGAAGCUGUUCCCUCUGCAGUUGGAAAAGCCUGUGGCCCCGACGACAGAUGUCCGUGUGGCGCCGCCCAUCACGGACCGCCACUACAACUGCUGGUUUCGACACGAGAACUGGGUCACCUCGCAAAACGAGCACAACUCGGUCGAAUGCCAGACAUGCCACAAGAAGGAGAAAGACCCACGGAUGGUCUGCUGCGGAUGCGACGUUCGGAUCUGCUACGAAUGUUACGAGCGCCUCAUCGCCGAGAAGCGAGACUUGCGCGCCAUGCUCGGCAAGCAGGCCUCUGCGUAG